UCCAACUCCGGCUACGCAAUGCACAGUAUUUUUGCGUAAAACUCCUUUCCGUGUUAAAACCAUUGAACCCAAAAUUAAAACGUCAUAUGCGUGUAUGUAGUAAGCAGGCACAAUAACCCCCAUUCCCAUCAUUAACACUAAACUCAAGUACUUAAUUUUUGUUUUCAUUUGCAGGCAUCCGGCAACACCAUACUGUUGUAAUUCCAAUCUUCUUCUUCUUCGCGCUUAAAAUUGGAAUGUGAUUGCAUAGGCAAAUGAAUUUGCAUUUAAUUUUAAUAGAUAUAAUUAGAAUAUUAGCAUAAAAAUCGGUACAAACACGCGUGUGAGUGUAUAUUUGGUGAUUUAUAGUGAAAUGUUAAAAAAUAUAGAGUGUAAUGUGGCAAAUUAUACUGAUGUUCCCAAGGGCAUUUUGAAUUUUGAAAUCCGGCGUUCUGGCCACUAAUGAAAUUAAAUAUCCGACAUAUCGAGCUUAAAAUUUAACAUUCAUACUGGUUUGGCAUGAUGCAUCUGCACUUCGAGCGCAAUGUGAAUACAAAAUGCGAUUGCACAAUUUUAUCGCUCUCAUGGAUGGGUAAAGUUCCUGAUGAUAUUCCAGAGGAGGAAGGUUGGAAAUUAAACCGAACAAAUUAUUACCAAGAGGGAUGGCUGGCUACAGGAAAUAUACGUGGCAUUGUUGGUGUAACGUUUACAACUUCGCACUGCCGCAGAAAUAUGGAUUUUCCAUCGCGCACCAACUAUAACCUGCGUGGACAUCGUUCUGAAGUUAUCUUGGUGAAAUGGAAUGAACCAUACCAGAAGCUGGCAUCAUGUGAUAGCUCCGGUAUUAUAUUUGUAUGGAUAAAGUUUGAAGGCCGUUGGUCUAUUGAAUUGAUUAAUGAUCGUAACAUCCCAGUUACGUAUUUCUCUUGGUCACACGAUGGACGAAUGGCACUCAUUUGUUAUCAGGAUGGUUUCGUGCUUGUUGGCUCUGUGGCCGGUCAGCGAUACUGGUCAUCGAUGCUGAAUCUGGAGUCGACCAUUACUUGUGGCAUUUGGACGCCAGACGAUCAACAAGUAUACUUUGGUACCACACAAGGCCAGGUGAUCGUGAUGGAUGUGCAUGGUGCGAUGGUAUCGCAGGUGCAGCUUUGUAACGAUGUUGGCAUAACAUCAAUGGCAUGGUCAUGCGAAAAGUUCAAAAUGGAAGAGGGUGAAGAAUCCGAGCCAGGUGUUACCAAUGCCUCUAAACGUUCUUUUGUAUUGGCUGUUAGCUUUCAAAAUGGGUUUAUAUACUUGCUAAAGUCAUUCGAUGACGUAUCGCCUGCACAUAUCAACACUGGUCUAAAUGGCAAUCUUGGUCUACUUAUGGAAUGGAGUAAUUCGCGUGAACUGCUCGCUGUUGCCGGCACUUUGGAGACUUCACUAAAUAUGAUCGAUCAACAGGGCGCACCGCUUUAUGAAAAUAUGUUAAAAUUUUACACCGAAUCAGGCAAUAUGUUGUACCAGACAUGCCUACCAAAUACCUCUUCACCCGUAUCUGCUCUCACGUGGGGACACAACGACAAACGUCUAUUCAUUGCGACUGGCACCCAAGUGCAUAUUGCCUGGGUGUCGAGACGUAUAGCAUCGCUACAGCUUUUAUGUCGUCUACAAAUACAAGCGAGCAUUGGUUCGGAACGCACAUUGCCACUGUUACCUUUGCCGUCACGAAUUAGGAGUCUGAUUGGCAAUCUUUUUGCUCAAACAAUAAGAUGUUGUGUACCUGAUUUAAAAUCUUUACGUGAGUUCGUUUCCCGACCACCAAUGUGUUCGUCACGUUUCCACUGCACCAUGAUAAGGCACGACGAUGACACGAACCAAACUACGGGCACUUGCUAUACACUCUAUUUGGAGUACUUGGGUGGUCUCGUACCGCUUCUCAAGGGUAAACGUACCUCGAAGAUACGUCCAGAAUUUGUUAUAUUCGAUCCACAAGCGAAUGAUUCUCCGGUAUUUUUGCAAUACUCGCCGGAAUGGAAAAGUUCAUCGGGAUCUAGCCAAUCUACCACCACCGGACAAAGUGGAAGAACCGAUUCUUCCGAUAGUGAGUUUGAGGAACGGUAUCGCAGCUCACCGCGCGCACCACGCCAACGAAAGACGCGCCAAAAAAAGAGCCAACAUGGCAAUGGUGAUAAGAAUUCAAUGAAUACCACUAUUGAACCCGAUAGCUUGGAUGAGCUCGCCUAUGUUGAUACACUUCCUGAAGAGGAGAAACUGGUUGAGGUUACCUCAAAUAUAUGGGGUACCAAAUUUAAAAUUCAUGGACUUGCUAAAACCGUCCCAGCCAAUUUAGGCCAAAUAACGUAUAAAACGUCCGUAUUACACCUGCAGCCAAGACAAAUGACACUAGUUAUAACUGAACUACGUGAUGAUUUUCCUUCGGGGCCGGAUCCAAAUUUUAAUCCAAAUAUUUUCUCCGAAGACGAAGAUGAUGUAGCUCUGCUAAAUGGCGCCAGGGGUAAUGGCAAUAAUUACAAUCAAAUACAAACAACAAUUGCAGAAUCGCAAGCGAAAGCAACAACAGCAGCGGCACAUCGUCGUCUUAACGAUUCAUCCCCACCAAUUGCACCGAUGUCACCACGACCUAAUCACCUAUUAGCGCGACACAAAAAUUCAUUAAAUGGCAAUGGAACACAGUGUACUACCGUUGGUGCUGGCAUUAGCCCAUUGGCCAAAGCAGAAUCCUAUGACGAUGAUUCCUCAACUGAGUCACAAGAUGUAAACGGAUACCACAAUGGCGCCAGAGCAGCACUACCUAACAGUACUUUACUUCAUGCCACCAACGGAACAAAUAAUAGCAAGCUAAUGCGUCCAAAAAAUAUUACUGCCACUACGCCAGGAAUACGUAGCAGUCUAGGUCCUGGUUAUAGUAGCUUUAAAAACAAUUACAGUCGCUCCAGUUCGAAUUCCAGUUGCCAGUCACGUCACGCAAUAUCGCCUUUAUAUUGUGACGGCUCGGUGCCAACACUGCAAUCCCCAAAAAAUGCCGUUGCUCCUGCAGACAUAAUAUUCGAGCGCCCGGCCGUCUCGGGUACUGGUCAAACAACAGUAAUGUCAUAUUCGAGUAACACCGAUUACACCAAUAAUGUUGUGCAGGUAAAGAAUGCUUUGCUACCCGAAUUAAUUCGAUCUACAAACAGCCACGUCAAUCCAGUGCCAUUGAAUCUGAAUUUGAAUCUUGAGCGUAUGGAUGCAAGACUGAAAACUUCUGCGUGCGUUAGUAAUUCCACGUCGGUUACUAAUACUGUUAGCAGCAAUAAUACAAAACGACGUGAUAUUUUAUAUAUAGACGAAGAAACUCAGUCGCCCACGCAGCAGGCUUUGAUAGCCAUCACACCGAUAUCCACUACGCCUGGAGAAAUUCGCAUGAAACGUACAACUACGGUAGUUUCGAUUGCACCAGCUCUACCCGAUUCGAUUACCCGAAGUUGUAGCGUUGGUUAUUUGGAUUCAGUUGCUAUUACACCGUCCGACGAAGCUUUAAUGGCUUUGCGAAGAGAUGCGCCCGUUAAACGUUUAAUAUUAGUAGACAAACGCAGAACCAGAAAGAAACGACAGAAUAACGAGGAUUCGCGUAAACCAAAAUUGGAAAAGUCGGGAAAAUCGAAGAGCCUCGAUUCAUGUGACUUAGUCUUCAGUCAAACUAAAUUAACUAGCAAUGAGCUUGACAAAAUUCCACAUAAACUUCAAGAAAUUGCUGAAGGUAACACCAGUGGCAACGAAACCAACCAAUCAACAACCUGUUUCAAAAGUCACCGAGGUGUCAAUCCCAACGAGCUGUGUAAACAAUGCCAGACGCCAAAGAGAAUUGUGGGCGACCCCAAAAAGGAGGAAGCAAUACGUUUUGUCUCCACCAGCAAUAAAAAAGACUUCACUUUUGAAAGCAAAUAUAUGGAGCAACCACAACAACAAAGGAAAAAAAGCGGUAGUACGCCGAGAAAGAAAAAGUUGGAUGUAAUAACAAGCUUCACCGACAGUCCACUUUUUACACGAAAGCAUCGAUUUGGUAUCAGAAGUAGAAGUAAAGAAACUGGCAGCAGCAGCGAAACAAACACCGAAAGCUCCACACCACUUUUGGGGCGCAAAAAUGAGAAUGGAUUUAGUUUCGUAAAACAAUUAACUGAGGUUCGUUGGCGACGUAGAGAGGCACAAACUAGUUUGAAUACUGUUAGAACUCAGUGUGAUCCGUUGGGACAAAUGCAAGGUGGAAACGCCAAUCUGAAUGCCAUCGAGGCAACGCCUGUGGAAGCAAAAGCUUCUGUUUCAUUACAAGCACAGGCACUUACUACAUUAGAGAACAUUAUCAGCCGAUUGCGCGACCUCGAUGAGGGUCGUCUCACACCACCUGCUACACCACAGCGCCUACCGCGCAGCUCUCCAGCUUCGCCUGCUGUCAGCAAAAAGAACAAACGUCAAAGCAGUUCCCCCAUUCGUCAAAUAUUAAAUUCACCUCUACUAAAUAGGCGAUAUCGUAAAAAGCAAUGUCUCAUAGACAGUUCAGACGAUGAAGGCAAUGGAACAAAUGGGUCAGGCGAAGAAAGCGGAGGCGCCAAUUACAAUAAACAAUAUCGUGAUUUGGAAACAUUCCAAAAGGCACAACUACUUCAAAAGCUAAAACGUGGAAAAAUUGAACCGAAUGGUUCUUCGAGCUAUUCAAAUCCAGCGCCAGUGAGACGAGAAUUUGUUAUGCACAACAAGGCGCCGAUGUGGAAUGAGUUGAACCAAGUGUAUCAAUUGGACUUUGGUGGACGAGUUACACAAGAAUCGGCGAAGAAUUUCCAAAUUGAAUUUCGUGGUAAACAGGUUAUGCAAUUCGGACGGAUCGAUGGCAACGCAUAUACACUAGAUUUCCAAUAUCCAUUUUCAGCAUUACAAGCGUUCGCUGUUGCACUGGCCAAUGUUACACAACGGUUCAAAUAAGUAAACCAUUUAUUAGUCUGAUUUUAUACAGAAACCUGGAAAAAUCAGUGGUUCUAAGUAUUCUACUUAAAAUACUAAAAAAGCCUCAAGUUUUAUUAAGUAUGUAUAUGUAUGUAUGUAUCUUCAAACAUUUUUUUGCUAUAAAUAUGAUAGUCUAAAAAGUUCGGUGACAAAUUUGAGCGACGGCUAAGCAUUAUUUCCUAGAGCUAAUAAUGCAUCAGCGCAAAGCUUUGAGUUCGCUAAACAUUUUACAGACCUCAAUUGAAUUCAAUUUCUUUCCCUUAAGAAAUUUUUUCAAAUACCGAAACUCAUGAUUUUUUGAGAGCAUAGAGUAUGGAUUAUAUGGUGAAAGUGAUGCAACCAAAAUUUUCCGUCAAACGAUCUAAGUUACUGCUGUGUCAUCUAAAAUGUAUGUACAGGUAUAUACUCGUAUAUACAUAUAUUAAGGUAUUGAAGAUGGUUUCCGUAUAGUUUCGAUACCUAUUGGUAGAUAGGGUCUCGAGAUAGAGACCAAAACGUGGACCCUAGAAUGUGUUUGUACAAUAUGGAUAUCAAAUUGAAGCUGUUGGUGAAUGCUUUAGUACAGAGUAUUUUUCAUGCCGCUCCGUGACUGGGGUCUCGAGAUAUAGGUCAAAACGUGGACCCGAGUAACCUUUGGUUGUGUAUACAAUAUGGGUAUCAAAUGAAAGCUGUUGAUAAGUGCUUUAAUACGGGAUAAUUUUCAUACCUAUUGAUGACUAGGGUCUCGAAAUAUAUGCCAAAACGUGGACCCGCCGUGUCUUUGCACCGAAUUAAACCAAACUUACACACAUUGUUAAGUAUUGAAAAUGGGUUUCGUAAAGUUUGGUUGUAAUUCGGAACACUGGCAACGGGUACAGCGUUCUUUUGAACCAGCCAUAAUGUCGUUUACUUUUUUAACGCUUGAGGCGAAACUGAACUGUCAAAUUGACAGUGUGAGUUACAAUGUGUCAAUAUUUCUUUCUGAUUUGGAUGCCAUAAGGGAAAAACGUAAGUGCAAAGUGUAAACAUUUUUUGUGAAUUUUUUUGGAGUGGAUUUUGGAACAGUGAAUAAUUUCUUUCUAAAUUUGAGAAUUUAAUGUGAAAUCCGAAUGUUCAAAUGAAAUUAUGUGUUCGUGUUUUCGUGUUCGUGUUUCGUUUUUUUGAAAACAUAAAUCGAUAAUGGUUAAAAAAGCUCCAAUGCUUAAUAAAACAUAUACAUUGAAACGAAAAAUUCAUGGACGAUCAGGAAAAAAGAUG